GUAUAAUCAUCGUAGAGGUAGCCGGCAAAAAUUGCAGGCGAAAGAGCAUCAUCGAAGUUUGCAAAGAGUUGACGACAGCUAAAAUUAGUUCGGUUUCACGUAUAUAAAAUUCAUGCGUUGCUUGCAAACCGCCAAGGCGAUUCGCAGCAUAUUCCAUCGUAGCUAUAGCCACAGCCCUUCUGGAAAGAUGGCAACGGACAUCAAGUUUAAUGCAUCGCUCACCUGCACAGAUCCGCAGGUGCAGCCGGUGCUGAUCAUUGGCCAGCUGCGUCAUUUGAAUCUGCUCAAGUUUAGCCAAUUGGCUAGCAAAUUGGAGCCGCGCGUCAGCGAGGAGACAUUCAAGAAUGCCAUCGCCUGCCUGCAUCCGGCGCCAACGGAUAAGUGCUCGCUCUAUCUGGACGUUGCCACUGUGGCAGCGUUGCCAUUGAAAGCCUCGCGACAUAAUACUGCCUCGCGUGCUCACUCGAUUACGCGCCUGGUCAAGAAUCAUGUGCUCAAUGUGAACGAGGAGAGCGUUGUGUUGGUCUGCGAGCGUGAGAAUAUCUUUGCCAGUGCCUGUGCCGUUGUCCGUGCCUUUCCCCUCUACUCGCGCAAAACGGGAGCGGGCAACAGCAGCGGGAACGGUGCCAAAUCUCCCUUAAGCGAUGCUGGUGAUGGCGAGCCCAACUGUUCAGUGGUCAAUGUGGAGUUCAUUGUCAUUGACAAGGAUGGCUGCGUUCAGGCGGAUCCUCUGAGCAGGGAUGAACUGAAGUGCCUGCAUGAAACGGCACGUGGUAUUCGUCUUGCCGCUCGCAUUGUCGACACGCCCUGCAACGAGAUGAACGUGGAUCACUUCGUUAAGAAUGUGACCGAAUUUGCCAAUGAAUUGUCGCUGCAGCCACAGAUAAUACGUGGGGAAGAGCUGCAGCAGCGUGGCUUUGGCGGCAUCUAUGGCGUUGGCAAGGCGGCCGAUGUGCCGCCAGCUUUGGUGGUGCUCUCCCACGAGCCGAAGGGUGCACAGGAAACGAUUGCGCUGGUGGGCAAGGGCAUUGUCUAUGACACCGGUGGCCUGAGCAUCAAGGGCAAAACAGCCAUGCCGGGCAUGAAGCGUGAUUGUGGCGGUGCUGCUGCCAUUCUCGGCGCCUUCUAUGUGGCCGUCAAGUGUGGCUUCAAGGAUAAUCUGCACGCCGUCUUCUGCCUGGCCGAGAACUCGGUGGGCCCCAAUGCGACCCGUCCCGAUGACAUACACACGCUGUACUCCGGCCGUACAGUGGAAAUAAACAAUACGGAUGCUGAGGGUCGUUUGGUGCUCGCCGAUGGCGUUUGCUUUGCCAACAAGGAUCUCAAGGCGAACAUUAUACUCGAUAUGGCCACACUGACGGGUGCACAAGGUGUUGCAACAGGCAAAUAUCAUGGCGCCAUAUUGACAAACUCGGAGCAUUGGGAAUCGAAGGCAUUGCAAGCCGGUCGCAAAUCCGGCGAUUUAUUGGCGCCCAUUAUUUAUUGUCCUGAAUUGCAUUUCUCCGAAUUUGCAUCGGCCAUUGCUGAUAUGAAAAACUCUGUGGCGGAUCGGCAGAAUGCGCAAUCCUCCUGCGCCGGCCUCUUUGUAGCCGCUCACUUGGGCUUUGACUAUCCGGGCGUUUGGAUGCAUGUCGAUAUGGCCACGCCCGUGAAUUGCGGCGAACGUGCCACAGGCUACGGUGUCGCGCUGCUCCUCACCCUGUUUGGCAGCCAUACGAGUUGCCCCCUUUUGCAAUCGAUUGCGCCCACCGACGAGGAGCCGCCUUCGAAGCGUAUGUGCCGCGAUUAAUGUUACGCACAAUGGCAUUGCUGGGAAUCCAAGCGAUUUUGCAUUUCAAUCAAGUUUACAAACAAACAAAACAAAAACCACACAUACACUGAGAGAAAACACAUAUAUAUAUAUAUACACACACAUUUAUAUAGGUAUAUAUGCAAAGAUAUGCAUGCAAUAAGUGGAAACGAAGUUCAAAUGUCAAUUGAAUUAGCUGCAUGGCAAUAAAAAGAAAAUUCAACGAAA